AUGACUUCUCUUGAUGUCCACCUUGACGAGAAGGCUACCUCACAAAAUCCUUCCCACUCUCCUCCUCCUCCUCCUCCUCCUCCCCAACGCCCUCCCGCGUUUGUGACCGCUAUCGCCACUAUGUCCUCUAUUUUGGCAUCUACUGCCUCCACUGCCACCUCCUCCUCCAGCGGUUAUUCCACCUUUUCCGUCAGUUGCCACACUCCUCUGUCCUCUGACGGCAGCACUUUAUCCUCAGAACCCGGUUCCUCCUCUUCCUACUUUGCCGACUGUGCGUCUGCCGACAGUGAGGCCAGGUCGAAGAAGAGUUCGGCGUUGCAGCAGAAGAGUGCGCCUGAUUCCAUAACUGCAAAUUCUGUCGCUCAGCCAACUGGUCCUCCACCACAGAGUUCCAGCCGUCGACUGCCGUCUUCCCACCACACAAAAUGCUCUCUAUCUUCGAGCAACUUGCAGGCGCCCCUGACUGAAUCGGAUGAUGAAUCCGCGGACGACAGUUCCCGUCCCCACUACCGACUUCGUCAGAGGAAGCAACGCCGCGUUAUGGAUGAUGCUGAUUACACCAAUCAAGACUGUUGUCCUUUCGAUAUCACUCAAGUGCUGCGGUAA